CGGCCAAAGAUGCCAUGGAAGGCAAUUUUCACUUCUAAACCAGCUUGGGCUGCUUUUGUCGCCCAUAUUGGUACAACUACCACAUACUUGUUGUUAUUAGCGCAAAUCCCAACCUAUUUGCAUUACAUACUUGAUGUCAACAUUAAAAGUAGUGGUGUUUUAACAUCUCUACCGUAUCUAGCAAACUCCGUGGCAUCAAUCAUUUUUGGGCAGCUCUGCGAUUACUGUACCAACAACGAAAUUCUCUCCCUGAAGCAGGCGAGAGUGAUCUCUAACAAUGUUGCAACCGUCAUCCCUGCGAUCUGCUUGGCGUCUCUGUCGUUCACAUCCAACACGGUUUUGGGCGUCGCUUUCUUAGUGCUCGCUCUUGCUGCUUAUGCCGGCGCUCAUACUGGAUGGAUGUUGAACUACAUCGACUUGGCUCCGAACUUCAGCGGCGCUCUAAUGGCUAUUGGCAACACCUUGAUGAACAUCACCGCACUGGUUUUACCAGUCUUUGUAUCACGAGUUGUUGCCGAUGUGCGAGAUCCAUACCAAUGGCGCAUCGUGAUGUUCAGCGUAGCGGCGUUCGGGGUUUUCUGCAACACGGUGUACAUUUGCUUCAUGUCCACUGAUCUUCAACUGUGGAACGACGCGGAGUAUCACGCUGCAGCGCAAGAAGAAGAAGCCUCAGGGAUCAGCAAAAAAUCCGAAGAUCUAUCCAAAAAGUAGUUUAUUUUAAAUAACAAUGUUAAAUUUUUAGAAGAGAUGUUACUUAUAAUAUUUAGAUUUGGUUUUGAAUCGACAAUACACAAGUAUACGCGAUGAAAACAAAAACAUAGUCU